UACAGAUUGACCUCUGUGUUUUAAGUAUUUUAUUAACAACUAUGUUUACAUAAACUACUAGGUAAUAAUAUAACUUAAUUAACAAGAGAUGAAAUAUUUUUGUGUUAUCCAAACGGAUUUCUCCAAAGUGACGUAACUACAAUAGAUAAAGAGUCCAAAUUGUAGCAGAGCUAUGUCUCACAUCCCAGUAGUUCACAUAGCUUCAAGAAGAUAAGUUGAGUUGUUCAUAGUGCCCUCUAAUAUCUUUAAUUUUUGUAGUCACAACUGGCAAUAUAUUUUAAUCUUAAUGUUCAAUUUGUGGAAAUGUGCUAAUUACUCAAUUGAGUUUUAAGUUGGUAGUUGAACUUUCAAUUCAAUUAUCUUUAUUACGAAUAUAUAAAUAUGAUAUGAAUAUUAUUCAUCUUAGCAUCUAUCUAAUUUAAUAUAACGCUGAUGAUUUUGGGAGGACUCAUACGUGCAGUCGACGCGAUGGGCGACCGCGUGGACCCGCUGGUCGGCGUAGACCCGCUGAUUGGCGCAGAGCCGCUGGUCGGUGCGGACCCGCUGGUCGGUGCGAGCCCCUGCAUGGGCCCGGAAGCAAUGCCGCGCCAGCUCGCCCCGCUGCCGGGGCAGCCCCACGUACGCAUCGUCGAGCAGCCCGCGAAAACCGUGAGGUUUAGAUACCCUUGCGAAGGGCGGUUGGCGGGCUCGGUCCAGGGCGUCAACUCGAGGCCUCCCAUGCGGCGCACGUACCCCACCAUCGAGAUCUGCAACUGCAAGGGGCUCGCCAUCAUCGUGGUGUCGUGCGUCACCACGGAAGACCCUUACAAACCUCACCCACACAACCUAGUUGGCCGAGAAAACUGCGAGAAUGGCGUGUGCAUAGUGAAGAUCACCAUCGCGGAAGACAACCGGAUAGUAUCCUUCAACAACAUGGGCAUCCAGUGCGUCAAGCGGAAAGGCAUAGCCAAAUCGCUCAACACCAGGAGGUGGUUGCGGGUUGACCCCUUCAGGACCGGCUUCAACCAUAGUAAAGAACCCCAAAGCAUCGACCUGAAUGCUGUGCGGUUGUGCUUCCAAGUGUUCAUACGAGACGAGCACACCAACUGCAUGCUCCACUCCCUUCCGCCCGUAGUGUCUGAUAUCAUCUACGACAAGAAGGCGAUGAAUGAACUCAUCAUCACAUGCAUCAGCCGUUGCUCUGGCUCUAUGAAUGGCGACACAAGGGUUAUCCUGCUCUGUGAAAGGGUGACAAAAGAGGACGUGAUGGUGGUGUUCUUCCAGAAGGAGGGUGACAGGACGGUGUGGGAGGCCAACGCUAACGUGGUGUUGGUGCAUCGCCAGUACGCGGUGGUGUUCCAGACGCCGCCCUAUCGCAACCCCAAUGAACAGAACCAUGUUCAGGUGUACCUCCAACUGAAGAGAACAUCGGACGGGGUCCGAAGCAACGCGAUCCCCUUCGAAUACAUCCCCAGCAGAAGAGAUACGGGACAGUAUUUAAGGAUUAUGGGUCAGAAACCCUUGUCGUCUCAUCUUUUGGCGUACCAAGAAAGUAUGACGCCGCCACAUCAGACGAGUCCGCGGAGCGUGUUCUCGCCGUCCCACCAACAGGGACACGAUAACUAUCAGCAACAUAACUUGAACUUACCGGGGGCAAGUCACAUGGGUUACAACCAGGACAUGCAGUGGCAACAGACCUACACUCACCUGCCACAGCUGUCGUUAAACCUGCCCAGCAUGGCAUCGAACCUGCAGCCCAUGCCCAACUAUCUGCAACAGAGCACGGUGCAGCCCAUACAAUCCAUGCCCCCCGCCAUGCAGAUGUCCCCCAUGGAGAAAGUCAUGCCUCCGGUGGACGGAAUAUCCCCGAUGACGCACGGAGAGAUGCCCUCGAGUAUGGUGCCGGAGUCUCCUAUUUUCGGGCACGAUUCUCCCACUGUGGGACACAUCUCUCCUGACCCAAUACAACAACAGGUGCAGCAUGAGCUGAUGGAGGCGUCGCCGGCAACCGACACGCUGUCCAUCACUGGCCUUCUGAUGGAGUGUGGGGAGGAAUGUCAGCUGUCUUCCGGAGAGCUCUCCGCCUUUUCCGCGCUGUUGGACGCGCGCGGCGCCGACCUGAGCGACAGCCUUAGCAGACUUUCCACUAGCGACGACCUCCUUGGCGCAGUGGUGAGCGCUAUGGUCUUAUAAGCGGGAGGUCCCGAGUUCGAUUCCCGGCAUUGGCAACUCGGGAUAAUUUUUAAAUUGUAUGCGUUCGUUAUGUUUGUAUAUGUUAUACUUUCUAGGAACUAAGAUAUAGUACAAAAAACGUGGGCCAAAUGCAAUUUGUACACAAUUCCUUUAAUUUCUUCCAUGACAGUUAAAUAGGCAUAAAUUUUAAAAAUAAUACAUAGCAUUUCAAUUGUGUUUUGUAUGAUAUAUUCUACAUAGUAUGCAUAUGCAUCAAUCUUUAUAAUCUCAACAAUCUUGGUUACAAUGAUUUUGGGAAUCAAGAUUAACUUAUUGAAAUAUAAUUUCAAUCAAGAAAAUCUAUUAAGUUUAUAAAAUGUCACACGAUCAUUUACGUGACCUACGUGCAAUAAAAUAAGUUCCUACCCACGCAUUUAAUGUGAUAAGUUAUAAUAUUAUUGUUAUUAUAUUUAAAAACUUGAAAAAAUAAAUAUUUGACGUAAUUUUCUGUAUUAUUUCGCUUCUGGCGUACUUCCUGCAAAUCAAAGUAGCUACCACAGCAACCACACACAUACAGCUAGCACCAUGUUUCAUCUCAAAAUCAUAGCUUUUGAAUAAAAUCAGUAGGCACCUAAGUGUAGUUUACUAAUCCCUUCUUCCAGAGUCCAGACUAAUGAAUUCAUAUUUCUUAAUGUAACAGGCGUCAUUCUACCGCAAUCGAGCUACUAACUGACCCAGAUUACAAUUUACAGCUCAGCUAAUUAUUUAUUAUUCAUUAAGGUGCAUGAGACGGGUCUGCCCGCGAAAUUCUUUAAUUUGGUUUUACGAUACGACGAAGUAGGCUUACCCAUGGCAUUCUAAUUCCGACAGUGGAAGUAUCAUUGUCACAGGGUUAACAUAAAAAUCUUUACUUGAAAAUAUUCAGUUUACUAAGAAAUUAGUCAAAAUAAUGAGUUUGACAUGAGUUACUCACAAA